AUGACGGAGGCCGGAGGUGCUGGGAAGAUCUUCAUCGAUUCCAGCGUUUAGAGAGUCCUGCCAGAUACAGGAAAGAUGGGGAAUGGCAGAAGCUGCUCGGCGCCGAGCGUUUGCUCGCAGUUUCUUCCUGAGGAGCAGGCUGCGAUGGACAGAUUGUUUGAUGCCCUGUCAUCGGAGAAAGGCGGCUCGAGCGCCUCGCCCAGAUCCUUCUCUCUGACGGCUCUGAAGAGUCACAUUGGACAAGCUCUUCCCCCAGAGAUGAUCACCAGACUGUAUGAUGGCAUGCGGAGGGUUGACCUGACGGGACAGGCUAAGGGGCCCAGCGAGAGCAUCUCCCGGGAGCAGUUCACAGUGUCGAUGUCCCACCUGCUGAAAGGGAACUCCAAGGAGAAGAGUCUCAUGAUCCUGAAAAUGAUUUCUGCCACAGAUGGUCCUGUGAAAGCAAGAGAAGUCCAAAAGUUUACAGAGGAUCUCGUUGGCUCUCUAGUGCACGUGCUAAACCACAGACAGGAGCUGAGAGGCUGGACCCAGAAGAAAUCUCCAGGCCCCCUGCCCACGGUGCAGGUUCUGGCUGCUCAGCUGGUCUCUGAGAUGAAGCUUGCAGAUGGCAAGAAGCUGCUGGGGCCUCAGCAGCUGGACUGCGCCUGUGACCAAGCUGUGAUUGAGGACUGGGUGUUCAGGGCCCACCUCGUGGCCACAUUCCUGAGUGUGGUCAUCCACAGAGGCUUUUUCCUGAGCUUGUCCCUCGAUCUGGCCACUCUGCUCCCUGAGCGUCAAGUUGACCAGGGGCAGGAGUUUGAGAGCCUCCUGGACGUCCUGUCUGUCAUCUAUGUGAACUCCCACCUGCCCAGGGAGCAGCAGCACCGCUGGCAUCUGCUCUUCUCGUCCGAGCUCCAUGGGCACAGCUUUGCGCAGCUCUGUGGGCGCAUCCCCCACCGAGGGCCCUGUGUGGUGCUCCUCAGGGACCACGAUGGCCACGUGUUCGGUGGGUUUGCCUCCUGCUCCUGGGAAAUCAAGCCUCAGUUUCAAGGGGACGACAAAUGCUUCCUGUUCUCCAUCUUCCCCAGCAUGGCCGUGUACACCUCCACGGGCUACAACAACCAUUACAUGUACCUGAAUCAGGGGCAGCAGACCAUCCCCAAUGGACUGGGCAUGGGCGGGCAGCACAGUUACUUUGGGCUGUGGGUCGACGUCGACUUCGGGAAAGGACACAGCAAGGCCAAGCCCACGUGCACCACCUACAACAGCCCCCAGCUGUCAGCGCAGGAGGACUUUCGGUUUGAGAAGAUGGAGGUGUGGGCGGUUGGAGACGCCUCCCACUCGCAGCUGGCCAACAGAGGCAAGAGCAUUCUGGACGUGGACCCAGAGGCCCAGGCCCUGCUGGAGAUCAGCGGGCGGAGUCGCUACAGCGAAGGGCUCCGGAAAGCCCCUGACCAGGAGUGAGGAGGAGCCUGGAUCGAGGGUUGUCCUGGAGCCAAGCGUGACCCCCCUGGACAGAGCAUACAGCCUUCAGACCUUCUCGCCAUCCUGUGCGUGCCUAACUUUAACCCAGAGCUGCGCUGAUCACAUCCAGGUUGUCGUGGAUGUGCUUCAUCCGAACGCAGUAAUUCCUCUGAUGCCAUAUUUUGAUCAGUGGGUGUAUCUCGCAGAAAUCCUGAGGGUCAUAUUAGCAACUUAACUCUUAUACUUUGUUAAUUUUGUAUUGCCGAAAUGCAGAGACACGGAGACACUUGAGACCUGUAUUGGAAUCAGCAUUUGAUGGGCAUGUGGGUUCUUGUGAAGGGGGUUCCACCCACUGGGGGUCACUUGGCCCCUGCCGAGGCCGUCCCAGUUAAAGUGCCUUGGCAUUCCAUUUCGACUGCUAAGGACACAGGCAUUCGGAUGGGAAUCUCGAUGCUUUUUGGUGUAUUACAGGGGGAAAUAGCUGAAGGUUUUGGAGACAGCGGUGUGGGUCUUCAGUGUUUGUAAGGGUCCACAUCUGCCUUCUCAGCUGUUUUUAAAUGAGUCUGUGCCAUGAGCAAGUGGGAAAAUGGGAGCGCCAGAGAAGCAGAGUUGUCUUUCUGUUACUAAUCUAAUGUGGGGACCUUUGGAAGCCCUUCUGUAGCCUGUUACAUAAAUUAGUGGUGAGUAACUUCGCAGCACUGGCCUGGGUCCUGGGCCUCCUCACACUCUCCUGUCAGUAUCCCCUCCCUGCCCAGUGCUGCUCCCAGAGGGGAGGGCUGGUCAUUUGACAGCUUGGGCUCGCUUUAAACAAACCCCAGUGAUCCUGAAAUGCUGAGGACCUCUCAGGUGGGCUGGGCUUCUAAGCAGAGCUGCUAUCUCGGGCCUGAAAAAACUAUAAACACACUGUGCAAAUUCUCUCCUUCAAGGAGCUGUGGGUGCCUCACUCAGACAUAAGCCUCGGCCUCUUGUCUUUUGCUCUGAACUUUGACAUUUUAUUGUAGAGUUUGUCCUGAUUAUAAGCCAUAGCAAACUGUGCUGUUUGCAUUUUGUAGGUUCAUUUUCUCCCGGGAGGCUCAUCAAACUUGGCGCUUAGCAGUGCCCUUGACAGAGCAGAAGGCACUGCAAAUUAGCCUUCAAAAGAAAAGCACACGCUGGGAUGGCGUGACACACACAGACUCGGCCGUGAUUGAUUUUCCUUAUAAAAAGCCAGUGUAUAAUAUAGCCUCUCGGGUCCACUAUGUGACUUCCUAACUGAUGGAGUAGCAGUUACAGGAUAUUGGGAUCCUCAAAUAUCCUUACAUAAGUCUGAAGAAUUAGGUCUCAAAUCUUCUGUUUGUUGGGGAAGGUUUUUUUCUUUUGUGUUUUUUUUAUAAAAUGCAAUGAAAUACCUCACCAAUAAAAGGCCCACUGGUGGCUGUACCUUGAGCACGUA